AUGUCAUUAAAGCGGCCUGGAGAUACUCGUUGGAGUUCACAUGAUGGUACUCUUAUCAACUUGAUUCAUUUGUUUUCUUCUAUUGCUGAUGUUCUUGAAUAUGUGGGGGAGAAUGGUGAUGAUUCGUAUAGGGCUGAAGCGGAUGAUGUGUCAGAAAUUAUUAAUCGUUUUGAGUUUAUUUUUGUGUUACAUCUUAUGAAGCAAAUCUUGGGAAUCACACAUGAGCUCUCUCAAGUGCUACAAAAAAAGGAUCAAGACAUUGUUAACGCAAUCAAUCUUGUCAAAGUAGCAAAAGCACGUUUGCAAAUAAUGAGGGAAGAAGGUUGGGAAGUUUUGCUUACUGAUGUUUCUAAGUUUUGUGACAAAUAUGAGAUAAUUGUGCUUGACAUGGAUAAUGAGUUUGUACCUCGAGGAAGAGUACGUAGAACUCAAAAAAUGAAGAAUCUCCACUAUUAUCGAGUUGAGAUAUUUUGUUCUGUGAUUGACAUGCAAGCUCAAGAGUUAAAUCAUCGUUUUGAUUUGGAGAAGCUGCUUCGCCUUGCUAGUUAUUAUCCAUCAGAAUUUUCUGGAGUUGCUUUGGAUGAGCUUGAAAAUCAACUUCAAAGCUUUAUUUUUGAUAUGCGGAUAGAUGAAAAUUUUUCACAGGUAUCUGGAAUCGGUGGUCUUGCUCAGAAGAUGGUUUCUACAAGAAAGCAUGAAAUCUUCCCAUUGGUUUAUUUGUUAGUCAAGUUGUCAUUGAUCUUGCCGGUUGCUACUGCCUCAGUGGAAAGAGCAUUUUCAGCAAUGAAAUUCAUCAAGAGUUCUCUACGUAAUAGUAUGGGAGACCAACUGUUACAAGAUUGCUUAGUUCCUUACAUUGAAAAUGAUGUCUUUGUUAAUGUUACUAAUGAAACUAUUAUGCAGCGAUUCCAGAUGAUCAAGAAUAGAAGAGAAAUGUUAUGA